UGCCCAGGAGGGUCCCCCGCAUCCCGCGGGCCGGGCAGGAUGCACGCCGCCCUGGCGGGGCCGCUGCUUGCCGCCCUCCUCACCACCGCCCGCGCCCGCCCGCAACCCCCUGACGGAGGACAGUGCCGGCCGCCCGGAUCGCAGAGGGACAUGAACUCCUUCCUAUGGACUAUUCGGCGCCACCCCCCAGCCUAUUUGUUUGGCACCAUUCACGUUCCGUAUACCCGAGUCUGGGACUUCAUCCCUGAUAAUUCCAAAGCAGCCUUCCAGGCCAGCACCCGCGUCUACUUUGAGCUGGAUCUGACGGAUCCCUACACCAUCUCGGCCCUGGCCAGCUGCCAGCUGCUGCCCCACGGGGAGAACCUGCAGGACGUGCUGCCAAGAGAGCUCUACUGGCGCCUGAAGCGCCACCUGGACUACGUGAAGCUGAUGAUGCCCUCAUGGAUGACACCAGCACAGCGCGGCAAAGGGCUCUAUGCUGACUACCUGUUCAAUGCCAUUGCUGGCAACUGGGAGCGCAAGAGGCCAGUGUGGGUGAUGCUGAUGGUGAACUCGCUCACCGAGACGGACGUGCGCUCCCGGGGCGUGCCUGUGCUGGACCUCUACCUGGCCCAGCAGGCUGAGAAGAUGAAGAAGAGAACUGGGGCUGUGGAGCGGGUUGAGGAGCAGUGCCAUCCUCUCAAUGGGCUCAACUUCUCCCAGGUGCUGUUUGCCCUGAACCAGACUCUGCUGCAGCAUGAGAGUGUGCGGGCUGGGAGCCUGCAGGCGCCCUACACCACGGAGGACCUCAUCAAGCACUACAACUGCGGGGACCUCAAUGCAGUUAUUUUCAACCAUGACACAUCCCAGCUCCCCAAUUUCAUCAACACCACCCUCCCACCUCAUGAGCAGGUGACAGCCCAGGAGAUUGACAGCUACUUCCGCCAGGAGCUCAUCUACAAGAGGAAUGAGCGCAUGGGGAGGAGAGUCAUGGCGCUGCUGCAGGAGAACCAGGACAAGAUCUGCUUCUUUGCCUUCGGAGCAGGUCACUUUUUGGGCAACAACACUGUCAUCGACGUCCUAAGACAGGCAGGACUGGAGGUGGACCACACACCUGCUGGGCAAGCCAUCCACAGCCCUGCUACUGGGAGCCCGGCUCCCUCUUCCGAGGGCACCUCUUCUGCCAGUCCAGCCCCAGCAACCGCAGCUGCUGCAGUCCUGGAAGCAACCUCAGCAACCCCCACCACCCCUCCAGAGGAGGAGGAUCCAGUCCUGUCCCCGCACCUCCUGCUCCCCGACAGCCUUAGUCAGCUGGAGGAGUUCGGACGGCAAAAGUGGCGCAAGAGACUAAACAAACAGCAGCGGCCGAGGCAGUUCAACGACCUCUGGGUCCGCAUCGAGGACAGCACCACUGUCUCACCACCCCCGCUGCCUCUCCAGCCUACCCCCAGCUCCGGGACCACCAAACCUUUUGUCAAGUUCUCACACCAACUCCAACAGCAGGACGUUGCGGGGCCUACCAGCAACUCAGCACCUACACUGGGCCUCCCCGCUGCUGUGGCUGCCACCAUCGCCGUCCCCUUCCUACUACACACCCUCGGGCCUUCCUGACCUUGACCACCCUGCAGAGCAGUCAGAGAAGGCACAGAAAUCUGUGACCGUGCUCACCGUCUGACGUCACCUCAGAGGGUACUGACACCUCAAGGCAGUUCACACAGGACAGGGACCUUAAAACACCAGAGCUUUAUUGUACCCAAAUUACAUCUUCUUUUUUGUAGAAGGUCUUAAUUUCCCAUAGUGCUAUGGGGCCCUUUUGUAAAAUAUGUGUCCAUAUUAAAAGAGAAAAUGUAUUUAUUCUAUCGAUAAAACUAUUUUUAUGUAGCCUAUGUUAUAGUCCCUGAAUUAGCCCCAACACCAACCCAGGAAAGGAGCUCAGGUUCCCAUGACCUCUGUGACCUGUGUGGACUGUGGCUUUGAGUUGGCCCCAAGCCUCCUAGUCAGGCUUGGCUUCUCCCACUGUAGGUACCUCUGAGGGAAAGCAGAAAGGCAGCCCCAGCUUUUGUGAAGCUGAAUUUCAUAGCCAGAGGCAUGGUGGCCCGUCCAUCCUCCUCAUCCCUGGAUGUACCCAGGCCCUGGAGGGACAAUUUAAGGGGGAAAAAAUGCUGCUAUUUUGAAGUCCUGAGUGUCUGUGGAUGGCCUUCCAGAGCUCCUGGUGAGGGUUUUUCCAUCUAAGUGGGAGACUGGCGCUGAGGCAGGUGAACCCAGUCCCAUGGUCAGAUUGCUGCACUGAGACCCAAAAAAGUGAAUGGGAUUUACCCAAAGUCACGAAGCAAGUGGGCGAUCUGUGUUCCAGUGGCACUGGCCCAGCUUUCAUUCCAUAGAAGCUGGUAAAACCACAGCUGAGUGAAGUAAGCAGAAGGACAGGAGUGGGCACAGGACGGUUUCAGGAGUGAUAGAGUUCAGGAGCCAUCAACUGUGGCACUGAUGAUGGUAACAGAGGACCAUGGACCAGAAGCCUGCAGCAGGGUGGGCUCUCUGCGCUCUCCCUUCAUAGAUCCUCACACUAAUGCUGUGAGAUGUGAUGACCCUCAUUUCAGUGAUGACACUGAACACCCAAAAAGAGUGAGAAAGAUCCACCAAAGUUUACACACACACAGAGAGAGAGAGAGAGAGAGAGAGAGAGAGAGAGAGAGAGAGAGAGAGAGAGAGAGAUCAGUGUGAUACAAAAACUACCCUUGUCUCAUGGACCGUGUUCUGCCCCUGUUUCUGUCUGGAGAAGCACCAAGGGAGGCAGAUCUCCCUAACUGGAGCCCUCCCAGGCUUCCUAUAGCAGGGGAGGAGGCUGUUUCACCAGCUCCCCCUGCUGGUUCCUGCAGCCAGGGGGCUCUAGCAGGAUGUGGGCAGGCAGGGAGUUGAGACACAGGCUUACCCUUCUAUCCCCAGGGGCUGACCAGGGACACAGUGAACCAAUGUGGACUGAAUUUCAGCCCGCAGCUCAAAGCUGGGCUUGUGGCUCAUUAAUUAUUUAAUUAUGAGAGCAGGAAAGACCCCCUCACCUGGCAAUAAAGCAAGAGUAAUACUAAGGUUCAGAUAGAGGAGAGACUUCUCCAAGAUGCCAUAGCUGGCGCAGGCAUGUUGACUCCAGUCCUGUUCUCUCACCCCGCUGCACAUGGGUUUCCCUGGCAGCCUUGAUGGCGCCUGCUUGGCUGCAACACUGCCAUGCUAAGGUUGGCAGACGUCUCCCUUCUGAGAUGGCAGGAUUCUGGGCAACUCAUUGGAUAGUCAGGGGUCCCACAGGCAUGCUGGCAGGCGGCAGAAUUCUUUCCAGCUCUGCCCCAGUGGACAGGUUUAAGCCUGAGACCUGGCAGGAUUCUGGAACUCCGCUUCACAGGGUCCCGCCAGCCCCAUGGGCACCACACUGUAAACUGAACUUGACCUCCACCAGGACUGGAGUCAGUUUAUCCUUGGGGAAAAAAAAAUGUGACUUCCUAUUGCUGAGCGGGAAGGGGCUUAGCUGACUUUUAAAGCAGGCUCAGAAGUUAGACAUCAAACGGAUCGUGCAGAGCGCUAUUGGGAUGAGAUAAGUGUAAAGGAAUUGGAAACACACAGGCCAGAUUCCCCUGUUCGGGGCAGAGUAUGGCAUGAGAUGUAUGGAGAUCAAACUUGAGGUUAAUUAAAGAUGAAGCAUUUGGGGAAACAGUCCAGGCACCUGACUGUGUGCCCAGACCUGUGCCAGGCGUGGGGCCAAAAUGGUGAAUUAAUGCAGCAUAUAAUCACUGCGAAAGCACGGUGCCAGGUUACACAUACAGGCUGCAUUGUACCCACCCUCCUGGGCCCAGAAGAGUUCACCAUCAGGAUGGGCUAGAGGGGCCAUCCUGGGCUACUGCUGCCCCCGCCCCAGUGUCAGCCCACGGCCCUUCCAGAUCCCUUCUUAAGGAAGAUGAGGAGUGAAGGAAGUGUUCCAAACUCUCUUCCUCAGCCAGACUUGAAAAUUUUUAAAGAAAGGCAACGUGCCAUGCUUAGGGGCCCAUGUCUGUAAUGACCGUUCUUGGGAGGCUGAGGCAGGAGCAUCGUAAGUUUGAGGACCAGCCUGGGAUACAUAGUGAGUUCAAGAACAGCUUGAGCCAUAUAGCCUAAGCCUGUAUGAAAAAUAGUGGAAGGAAGGAAGGAAGGAAGGAAGGAAGGAAGGAAGGAAGGAAGGAAGGAAGGAAGGAAGGAAGGGCACAGGCUGGCUAGACCAACAGAUCAACAGAUUUCCAGAUUGUCAUUAACCUAGAAGAGAGAACAGUUAUUGGUCAGACAUCUAAGAGCAACGGUGCUUGUUCCCUGGAGAUCUCUAAUAAGCCAGGGUUUGAGUAAGUAGCAAACUCAACUUGUUGGCCUACAUCCCAGGAGGCCUCAGGCACAAAAUUAAAAUGUAUGGCUAGGCCACUUCAACUUCAUGUCCUGCUCUGAAAACGCCAGUAAUCCAUCAGCCGUUUCUCAGACUUCAUGUUCUGUCUAGCUGGACUCAUAAACACAAAGCUUCAUUCCUUUGAGCGUUCCUUGAGUAUUUUUAGAACUUUCUCUUUGACUUUGAGGCAGACAGAAAGAUGGAAGGCCAGAGGCCCAGCAGAUUAAGUGACCGGGACAUGGUGAGGGGAAAAGAAUCAAGGAGGUGCAGGGGCCAGUCCUCAGGGUCAGAGAUCCAGAGUCUGCCAUGUGUGGACAGCAAUGGCUCAGAACAUUCAUCUCACACGGGAAGACCCAUGUACAUCCUCUCCACAUGCAGUGUGGUCACUUGCUACUUCCUGGCCUCAUCUAGACUUGGGCAAGCCUGGGAGCUCAGGUGCUUUGCCCCACCACUCAGCCAAGUACUCUUAUCACAACAGAUCCCAAAGAAGAGAACUGCUACCAAAAGAGAAUUUCUUUGAAAAGAUGAUAUUCUAUGCAGGAUUUGUAGCACAAAUGACAUCCUGGGUGUUAAAAAACAGAACUGGGGUAAUGAUAACCAUGAGAUAAAUACCAGGUCCUUCACUUGGCAUUCCAAAUCCUCCAUGACCCAGCUCAGCUGACCUUGCUGGCCAUUCUCAUCCUUCCCACCCCAGAUCUGACAGAUGGAAUCAUAUUUGUUAUUUCUAGAAUAUACACAGUGUUUUAUACAUGUUACUACCCUGGGGAAGCUCUCUUCCCUUCUCCCAAUCAUGUAUCCUGUGAGGAUAAUUGGGAGGGGACAUUAGCUCCAGGAUGUCCCCCUAGAGCCCUUUGUGUGCCCCGAGACCUGUUACCAUGCCCACAUUCCAGAGCUGGGGCUGUCUAGAUAGGAAUUGCUCCCUGUUGGGAAAGCAAGCAAUUCAAUGGGGUAGGUCAUUUGUCAUUUUUCUAUAUGUCCUUCAACACAAAAGUGAUACUCCUUAGAUGCACUGAGAGGGACAAAGGAGGAAAGGAAGCAGACAAAGGAGGAAGAAAGUCUGGAGCUAGGAAAGGGGAAAGACAGCCUUAGCUUUCUUUUUUGGGACAACUUCCACCUCCCCAGCUGGUAAAGGACAGCACCUGAGGGCAUAGGUCUCUGGAUGGAUAGAGAGGCAGAGUAUGCAAGGCCCCAAGGCCCACUGGCUGAAGCUGUGGUAGCCAGCUGGAAGUCUUGGCACAGGACUGGUGUCAAUGACAUGGAGGUGCCCCCUGGCUCUGUAAGGCUCAGGUUCUUUAAACAUUGCUAUUUUUCCAAAAAUUCAUCUAAGCAGCCAAAAAUAUCACCCUGGCUGGCUGUCUAAGCCGGUAGAUUCAGGACUCAGACAAGCCUCCCUAGCCACCCUCCCCCCAUUCUUCCACAUCCCUGCCAGACUUGCCAUGAGAUGGCAGAAAUGUCUGCAGCCCUUGGGCAGGAGAUGUCAUGGGGAGGAGAGGCUAGAUUGAAACCCUGCCCAUGGCUCCAGCCCAGAGCCCUUCUGUCUGUGCCCAACCCUGGGGAAGGAAAGAUGGGGCUUAGAAGGACCCUUGGGAAUGUCAACUCCUCACAGCCUGUCUCCAAAGACAGAUUGGGAUCUCCCCCCACCCCUGAACCAUCCCUUUGCUUGAUGACCUUGGGUAAGCCCUUGCCCCUCUUUAAGCUCCAUUUCCUCUGGGACCAUAGGGAGAGUUUCCUGAAGCCAGGAGGGGAAUUCUGUGUAUAAUGUUGGGUCUCCUUGAAGGUGGGGUUCCACCCUUCUUUAGCCCAGCCUCCCAUGUUGGCCCCGCAGGCGGCCAUGAUGAGAGCCUGUGACAGACAAGAAAGCUUUACUUAAAGGCUCCUUCCGUCCUAAGACCUGUCCUGGGGAAUGUGGUUUUGAACAGGGUCCAAGUCUACGCUGCCUGGUGUGAGAGAGCAGGGACUCUUAGGCAGGAGUCUCCCCGGUUGCCAGGCUAGGUGGGUGGAGCACUUGGCUCCAGGUGGGGAAGCUGGCCUUAGGCUUUGCCCAGCUCUAAGUCUCAAAGUCUCAGAUUUGUUGGCUCUCCCAGUGUGCCUCACUGUACCAAGCUGGCUUCAGCUCUCCCAGUGUUUGUGCUGUUCUUCAUCACCUCUUCCCUCACCCCUGUGAAUUGUCGUGAAGAGUUCUUUAAGAGUAUAAUAGAAGACAAAGAAAGAUGCUAUUAAUGUUAUUUUGCCAAAAAUAUUUUUGUAGCAUAAUAUAUUAAUAAAAGAUAUUAUGAACUUAA